AUGGGAGCAUCAACCCCAUACACAGAGAAUACAUCUGCUCACCUCUGGCCAGCCGCGAGUAAACUGCUUUGCUACAGCUUGUCCGAAUGUAUCCCAUCUGCCGAGAGUCUACAGCAGAAAACAGCACAAACGACGGAUUGGAUUGGCGCGACGUGGUCAGGGAAACAUCAAUUUACAAUUCACUCAUUCGUGAAGAAAUUCUAUCUUCUACAGGAUAUGCUAUAA